AUGAGCAGGGCUAUUAGGUCAUCGAGUGAAUCAGAGGUACAAAUCUGGGAAACAGAAGAUGAUGACAUGACAGAAGGUGAUUUAGGAUAUGGCCUCAGACGAAGACCUGGGGGCAUUUAUGAAGCUGAAGUUUCCCAUUUAUUUACGUCUAGAAAAAGAUCAGAUGGAAAAAACGUGAGCCCUCCUCCCUUUCCAAGAAAGGGCGAAGAAAGUAAUGGUGCCAUUUUUCAGUAUUUGAAGCAAAAGAGCUUGCAAGAUGCUUAUCCUCAAGGCCCCAGGAUUCCUAAUUACAGGCGACAAUAUAGCACAGUCGAUUCUAAUUCAGAAUUGUCAAACAUAGAAGAAUUAAGGCAACAUCUUCAUGAAACUUUAGAGGAGGUAGAAGUUUUAAAAACUGAACUUGAGGCAUCGCAAAGACAACUUGAAGGUAAAGAGGAAGCAUUGAAAAUUCUUCAGAGUAUGGCAAUAUUUGGUAAAGCCACAAGUCAUACCCAGGCAGUGUUUCAAAAAACCGUGGAACAGAAGAGAUCCUUAGAGAAGGAAAUAAAUGCCUUACAAUGGGAGAUAGAGUUUGAUCAGAAUAGAUUUAAAAAUAUAGAGGAAUCUUGGACCCAAAAAUAUGACAGACUAAACUGUGAAAAUACAGUCCUCAAAGAAACUUUGAAGUUGAAAACAGAAGAAAUUAAAAUGCUAAGGUCUGAAAAUUCAAUUUUGAAUCAGCAGUAUGUAGAAACUCUUGCAAUGCUCAAUACCAAACAGCAGAAGAUAGCUCAGGAGACCCUGUGCCAUGUUAAAGGCAACUGCUUUACAGAAGUUUCGAGUCUUGAGCUUGCAGUUCUUGGAGCCUGCCUUUGUCACGGACCUGGAGGGACCCCCUGCUCCUGUGCCAAAGUGGCAGCAUCUGCUCGCCAGCAGCUGCUUCAGCUCAAACAAGAGUUGGAGCUUUUGCAGAAGAGUAAAGAAGAAGCUUACAUAAUGGCAGAUGCAUUCAGAAUUGCAUUUGAGCAACAGUUAAUGAGGAAAAGUGAUCAGGCACUAAGACUGACACAAAUGGAUAAUAUGUGUAAAAAAGCCACAAAGCAGAUAAAUUGGAAACACCUUAAAGAGGAUGGUCUUCUACCACAAAGGAAUAAGAAGACUUUAGGGCAGAAACUGUUGAGUAUGCUCCCUUCAGAAAACAGCUGGAAGAGGACUGAAGACCAGGACGAUCCUCAAGAAGUCUUUAAGAUCUUAAUAGAUUUGCUGAAUGAUAAAGAAGCAGCUUUGGCUCAUCAAAGGAAAGUUAGCUACAUGCUUGCUCGGGCCCUGGAAGACAAAGACAGUGCUUUAAAACAGAACAGAGAAAAACAUCCCAUGAAAGAGAAGCUUCCACUAAAAAGCUUCAGGCACAAAACUUCAGAACUGGCUGUUUCACAUUCUGAUUGA